AUGGCCAGCCGACUUUUUUUCAAGACCGCAACUCCCCUGAGUUUCGCCGCAAUUGCCGUGGCUUCUGCUCCCGUGGCCUUUGCUGAGUCGCCCCGACGAUCCAUCUACGACAAUGACAAGAAGGAAGAAGAAAUCGCCCCUGUUCCCGGCACCGUUGAGACUGGCAAGGCCCGAGAGGGUGACAUUGAGAAGUUUGAGAAGGAGCACGGCGUUUCUGUGGAGAACGUCGGAGGAGUGACCAUCAAGUCUCCCAAGGCUCUGGAGAGCAACAUCAAGGUGGCUCGAGAGUGGUUUGCCGACAAGGUGCAGCAGGGCAACCAGUACAUCGAUGAGGCCUUCAACAAGUACCUGGCCGUGGAGAACAGCGUCACCAAGACCGUGGCCGACCUCAAGUCUCCCCAGGAGGAUAUUCUGCCCGCCGGCAUCUACAUCACUGUUGCUGCUCUGUCCGGCUCCAUUCUGACCCGAAACCGAAACAUUCUGUUCCGAUCCGCCAUUCCUCUGGCCUUUGGUGUCGCUGCCUUCUCCUACUUCCUGCCCCAGACUGCCCACAACACCGGAGCUCUUGUGUGGAAGUACGAGCAGAAGGUGCCCGAGGUGGCCAAGGCCCACGUGGACGCCAAGGAGUCCGUGGACAGCUUCGCCAAGAACGUGCGAAAGGCCCUGGACGAUGGAAAGACCUCUCUCGAGAGCGGAGUCCACAGCACACGAAAGUUCAUUGCUGACAGCACCGGUCUGCAGCUUCCCGACGUUGACGAGAACGACAAGAAGAAAUAG